CUCUUGAUAUGUCAGGUGAAUGACCGCAUGUGUGUGAUCGAGUAUAACCGGCUGGCGGGGUUCAAAGCGUCAGAUCAUUCUGCUUCGGACGCUGCAUGCUGCCAAACGAGAUCAUUUCUGGUGAAGUUUGGGAUCUCAACACAUCUGAACAUGAGGAUGGCGGGAGUGACGCUGGGUCUCUGCGUCCACGCUGCGCGAGCGGCCAUGCGGAGUUCCACGCGCACGAGUGUUUCAUGCUUUUGGGGACACGGACAAGUGCGCAGCCGCGGCAGUAACGCAGAUUUUCCUGGCAUAAAGGAACGAACUUUGGUAGCCGUCAAGCCAGAUGGUGUUCAGAGACGUCUGAUUGGUGAGAUUAUCAAACGCUUUGAGCAGCGAGGAUUCCGAUUGGUGGGCUUAAAGAUGCUGCAGGCUCCUGAGAAGUUGUUAGCUCAGCAUUAUGUGUCGCUGCAGAAGAAACCCUUUUACUCAAGCCUACUUCACUACAUGACCUCUGGCCCUGUUGUUGCAAUGGUGUGGGAGGGGCAUAAUGUAGUAAGGUCGUCUCGCAUGCUAGUGGGGGACACGGAUCCAGCGGGGGCCGCACCUGGAACUAUUCGAGGAGACUUAAGUGUGCACAUCAGCAGGAAUGUUGUCCAUGCGUCUGAUUCAGUGCAAGGAGCAGAGAAAGAGAUUUCGUUGUGGUUCCAGAGCGCAGAGCUCAUCGAUUGGGAGGGAUGUGAUCACAGCAACAUUUACCAUCUAUAAAAGUGUCUGCCUCCAGAAAGACACAACAAGACUGUUUUUAAUUGUACUGAAGCACAACUGAUGUCUGUCAGCAUUACAAGUGAUUACAAGUAAUGUAAAUAAGAGAUUAAAAGGAUAAUUUUAUGUAACAAUUAAAUAAAGUUUUAAAAAUUUCUGAAAA